CUGCACGGCUUCACAGGAAUCCCAUUUGAUCCCAUUGGUGACUUGGGCUUGCUUGAAUCUGCAGAAAGAUGUCUCACUUCUUAGAUAGUGUUUCCACCAUCAUUACUGUCUUUUACCAACAUGCAAAGGAAGAUGGAGACCAAUCCAAACUCAACCGAAGAAAGAUGAAGGAGUUCAUCGAGAAGGAAUUUGCAGAUGCCAUAGUGAACCCACAUGACCCUCAGACAAUUGAAAAGAUUCUGCAGUUUCUGGAGUGGGAUGGAGAUGGGGAAAUUGAUUUUAAUGAGUUCCUGCUUUUGGUAUUCAGAGUAGCUAAGGCCUGCUACUGGUACCUGCAGAAGGGACAAUGCCUUCUGCAAAGAACAAAACUGAUAACCAGCAGCAAGACAAUCCAAGAGCCUGAAAUUAAGAACAGAGGGAGCCGUCAGCAGCUCCAGGAAGAGGAACCACAAACACUUGAGCGUAAUCGCCAUCCCCCCUGCAUACCUGAGCCACAACCAGACACAAGGGUACAGGAUCUUGAGACACACGAGGAGACAGGAAGUCAUCGCCAGCAACAUAACACACAAAGCAGAGCUGAUGCAAGACAAAGCACCAGGCCGAGUGAAAUAAUCCCUCAGGAAUAUGAAGAACAAACCCAAGAGCCAUGCGACCAACGAAGCAGACAAAGACGUCAGCCACCUGAGCUGGACAGACUGGGAGAUUUACAAAGCCACAAGCAUGGCAGCUUGAAGGCAGCACAGAAUGAUGAGAGACAAAAUCAAGAGAAGCCUCAACGAGAGCAACUGGCAGACGUGAGGAGCUGCAGCCAUUCCUGUGAACCACAGCUGCUGCCAGACCGGCGGAGUGACCGUCAGCCACGUGAGCCAGCAUUGCCAGCUUAUGAUCAAAGAAACCAUAGACCACAAGAUCAAGAGGCAGUGGCACAUGGCAGAAGCAGCCGUCGGCCACAUGAGCCAGAAGAAGCAGAUAGAGGAAGGCACAAUCAACCACGAAAUCCUGAAUUACUCAAAGAUGAGAGAAGCCGCAACCACCUACGUAAGUUGGAACAAAAAGAACUUGAAAGAAGCAGCCGCCAGCCGUGCAAGCCUGAAUGCCUGGAUUCAGAAAGGCUGCAUCAGUCAUACCUCCAGGAACCGCUAGUAAUAAGCCAUAAAUACAAUAAUACAAGGGAGCUGGAAGAAGAUUAUUACGAACAAGGGAAAACUCAGAAGGACAGAAAAUCAUGUGAAUCCAUGAUGGAAGAAAGAACACAAGAGGACAGUGUGGCAGAAGCUGAAGCCACUGUAAAGAUCCGCCGUGAGACCCAAAAAAGGGAGAGAGAAGAGGAGGCCAAGAGACCACGUGAAUCGGCCAGGUACCAGAGGACACAGGAGAACACUGUGGCUGAAGCGGAAGCUGAUGUGGAGAUCCACCGUGUGAGCCGAGGAAGGGAGAGAGAACUGGAGGACAGGAGACCUCAUGAAUCAGUGAGACAUGUGAAAACACAAGAGAAUAUUGUGGCUGAAGCUGAAGCUGAUGUGGAGAUCCGCCGUGUGUCCCGGGAACGGGAGAGAGAACAAGAGGACAGGAGACCCCGUGACUCAGAGAGGUAUGACAGGACACGGGAGGACAUUGUGGCUGAAGCUGAAGCCAAUGUGGAGAUCCGCCGUGUGUCCCGAGGAAGGGAGAGAGAAGAGGACAGGAGACCCGAUGAGUUGGUGAGGUAUGUGAAAACACAAGAGGACAUUGUGGCUGAAGCUGAAGCUGAUGUGCAGAUCCCCUGUGUGUCCCGAAAACGGGAGAGGGAGGGGAAGCUCAGGAGACCCCGUGAAUCAGUGAGGUAUGAGAGAACACGGGAGGACAUUGCGGCAGAAGCGGAAGCCGAUGUGGAGAUCCGCCACGUGACCCAAAAACGGGAAACAGGACAAGAGGACAGGAAACCACGUGAAUCACAGAGGUAUGAUAAGACACGGGAGGAUGUUGUGGCUGAAGCUGAAGCCGAUGUGGAGAUCCGCCGUGUGUCCCGAGGAAGGGAGAGAGAACAAGAGGACAGGAGACCACGUGAAUCACAGAGCUAUGAGAGGACACGGGAGGACAUUGCGGCGGAAGCUGAAGCCGAUGUGGAGAUCCACCGGGUGAGCCGGGAACGGAAGAGAGAAGAGGAGGCCAGGAGACCUCGUGAAUUGUUGAGGUCAGGACAGAGAUGGGAGGACAUUGUGGCUGAAGCUGAAGCCGAUGUGGAGAUCCACCGUGUGUCCCGGGAACGGGAAAGAGAAGAGGAGGCCAGGAGACCUCGUGACUCAGUGAGGUAUGAGAGGACACGGGAGGACGUUGUGGCUGAAGCUGAAGCCGAUGUGGAGAUCCGCCGUGUGUCCCGAGGAAGGGAGAGAGAACAAGAGGACAGGAGACCACGUGAAUCACAGAGGUAUGAGAGGACACGGGAGGACAUUGCGGCAGAAGCUGAAGCUGAUGUGGAGAUCCGCCGUGUGUCCCAAGGAAGGGAGAGAGAACAAGAGGACAGGAGACCACGUGAAUCACAGAGGUAUGAGAGGACACGGGAGGACAUUGUGGCUGAAGCUGAAGCUGAUGUGGAGAUCCGCCGUGUGUCCCGAGGAAGGGAGAGAGAAGAGGCCAGGAGACCCCAUCAGUUGGUGAGGUAUGUGAAAACACAAGAGGACCUUGUGGCUGAAGCUGAAGCUAAUGUGGAGAUCCAUCGUGUGUCCCGGGAACGGGAGAGAGAAGAGGAGGCCAGGAGACCCCGUGACUCAGUGAGGUAUGAGAGGACACGGGAGGACAUUGCGGCGGAAGCUGAAGCCGAUGUGGAGAUCCGCCGUGUGUCCCGAGGAAGGGAGAGAGAAGAGGCCAGGAGACCCAAUGAGCUGGUGAGGUAUGUGAAAACACAAGAGGACACUGUGGCUGAAGCUGAAGCCGAUGUGGAGAUCCACCAUGUGUCCCGGGAACGGGAAAGAGAAGAGGAGGCCAGGAGACCCCGUGACUCAGUGAGGUAUGAGAGGACACGGGAGGACAUUGUGGCUGAAGCUGAAGCCGAUGUGGAGAUCCGCCGUGUGUCCCGAGGAAGGGAGAGAGAACAAGAGGACAGGAGACCACGUGAAUCACAGAGGCAUGAGAGAACACGGGAGGACAUUGCGGCGGAAGCUGAAGCUAAUGUGGAGAUCCGCCGUGUGAGCCGGGAACGGAAGAGAGAAGAGGAGGCCAGGAGACCUCGUGACUCAGUGAGGUAUGAGAGGACACGGGAGGACACUGUGGCUGAAGCGGAAGCUGAUGUGGAGAUCCGCCGUGUGUCCCGAGGAAGGGAGAGAGAAGAGGCCAGGAGACCCUGUGAGUUGGUGAGGUAUGUGAAAACACAAGAGGACAUUGUGGCUGAAGCUGAAGCCGAUGUGGAGAUCCAUCGUGUGUCCCGGGAACGGGAAAGAGAAGAGGAGGCCAGGAGACCCCGUGACUCAGUGAGGUAUGAGAGGACACGGGAGGACAUUGCGGCUGAAGCUGAAGCUGAUGUGGAGAUCCGCCGUGUGUCCCGAGGAAGGGAGAGAGAACAAGAGGACAGGAGACCACGUGAAUCACAGAGGUAUGAGAGGACACGGGAGGACAUUGUGGCUGAAGCUGAAGCCGAUGUGGAGAUCCGCCGUGUGUCCCGAGGAAGGGAGAGAGAACAAGACGACAGGAGACCACGUGAAUCACAGAGGUAUGAGAGGACACGGGAGGACAUUGUGGCUGAAGCUGAAGCUGAAGUGGAGAUCCACCGUGUGUCCCGAGGAAGGGAGAGAGAGGAGGCCAGGAGACCCGAUGACUCAGUGAGGUAUGUGAAAACACAAGAGGACAUUGUGGCUGAAGCUGAAGCCGAUGUGGAGAUCCGCCGUGUGAGCCGAGAACGGGAGAGGGAAGAGGAGGCCAGGAGACCCCGUGACUCAGUGAGGUAUGAGAGGACACAAGAGAAUAUUGUGGCUGAAGCUGAAGCCGAUGUGGAGAUCCGCCGUGUGUCCCGAGGAAGGAAGAGAGAAGAGGAGGCCAGGAGACCACGUGAAUCACAGAGGUAUGAGAGGACACGGGAGGACAUCGUGGCUGAAGCUGAAGCCGAUGUGGAGAUCCGCCGUGUGAGCCAAGAACGGGAGAGGGAAGAGGAGGCCAGGAGACCCCGUGACUCAGUGAGGUAUGAGAGGACACGGGAGGACAUCGUGGCUGAAGCUGAUUUGGAGAUCCGCCGGGUGAGCCGGGAACGGAAGAGAGAAGAGGAGGCCAGGAGACCACGUGAAUCACAGAGGUAUGAGAGGACACGGGAGGACAUUGUGGCUGAAGCUGAAGCUGAUGUGGAGAUCCGCCGUGUGUCCCGAGGAAGGGAAAGAGAAGAGGCCAGGAGACCCCGUGAGUCGGUGAGGUAUGUGAAAACACAAGAGGACAUUGUGGCUGAAGCUGAAGCCGAUGUGGAGAUCUACCGUGUGUCCAGGGAACGGGAGAGGGAAGAGGCCAGGAGACCCCGUGAUUCAGUUAGGUAUGACAGAACACGGGAGGACAUUGCGGCUGAAGCUGAAGCCGAUGUGGAGAUCUGCCGUGUGUCCCGAGGAAGGGAGAGAGAAGAGGCCAGGAGACCCAAUGAGCUGGUGAGGUAUGUGAAAACACAAGAGGACACUGUGGCUGAAGCUGAAGCCGAUGUGGAGAUCCACCGUGUGUCCCGGGAACGGGAAAGAGAAGAGGAGGCCAGGAGACCCCGUGACUCAGUGAGGUAUGAGAGGACACGGGAGGACAUUGUGGCGGAAGCUGAAGCUGAUGUGGAGAUCCGCCGUGUGUCCCGAGGAAGGGAGAGAGAACAAGAGGACAGGAGACCACGUGAAUCACAGAGGUAUGAGAGGACACAGGAGGACAUUGUAGCGGAAGCUGAAGCCGAUGUGGAGAUCCGCCGUGUGUCCCGAGGAAGGGAGAGAGAACAAGAGGACAGGAGACCACAUAAAUCACAGAGGUAUGAGAGGACACGGGAGGACAUUGCGGCGGAAGCGGAAGCUGAUGUGGAGAUCCGCCGUGUGUCCCGAGGAAGGGAGAGAGAACAAGAGGACAGGAGACCACGUGAAUCACAGAGGUAUGAGAGGACACGGGAGGACAUUGUGGCUGAAGCUGAAGCCGAUGUGGAGAUCCGCCGUGUGUCCCGAGGAAGGGAGAGAGAAGAGGCCAGGAGACCCCGUGACUCAGUGAGGUAUGAGAGGACACGGGAGGACAUUGUGGCUGAAGCUGAAGCCGAUGUGGAGAUCCAUCGUGUGUCCCGGGAACGGGAAAGAGAAGAGGAGGCCAGGAGACCCCGUGACUCAGUGAGGUAUGAGAGGACACGGGAGGACAUUGUGGCUGAAGCUGAAGCCGAUGUGGAGAUCCGCCGUGUGUCCCAAGGAAGGGAGAGAGAACAAGAGGCCAGGAGACCAUGUGAAUCACAGAGGUAUGAGAGAACACGGGAGGACAUUGUGGCGGAAGCUGAAGCUGAUGUGGAGAUCCGCCGUGUGUCCCGAGGAAGGGAGAGAGAACAAGACGACAGGAGACCACGUGAAUCACAGAGGUAUGAGAGGACACGGGAGGACAUCGUGGCUGAAGCUGAAGCUGAAGUGGAGAUCCACCGUGCGUCCCGAGGAAGGGAGAGAGAGGAGGCCAGGAGACCCGAUGACUCAGUGAGGUAUGUGAAAACACGAGAGGACAUUGUGGCUGAAGCUGAAGCUGAAGUGGAGAUCCGCCGUGUGAGCCGAGAACGGGAGAGGGAAGAGGAGGCCAGGAGACCCCGUGACUCAGUGAGGUAUGAGAGGACACAAGAGAAUAUUGUGGCUGAAGCUGAAGCCGAUGUGGAGAUCCGCCGUGUGUCCCGAGGAAGGGAGAGAGAACAAGAGGACAGGAGACCACGUGAAUCACAGAGGUAUGAGAGGACACGGGAGGACAUCGUGGCUGAAGCUGAAGCCGAUGUGGAGAUCCGCCGUGUGAGCCGAGAACGGGAGAGGGAAGAGGAGGCCAGGAGACCCCGUGACUCAGUGAGGUAUGAGAGGACACGGGAGGACAUCGUGGCUGAAGCUGAUUUGGAGAUCCGCCGGGUGAGCCGGGAACGGGAGAGAGAAGAGGAGGCCAGGAGACCACGUGAAUCACAGAGGUAUGAGAGGACACGGGAGGACAUUGUGGCUGAAGCUGAAGCUGAUGUGGAGAUCCGCCGUGUGUCCCGAGGAAGGGAAAGAGAAGAGGCCAGGAGACCCCGUGAGUCGGUGAGGUAUGUGAAAACACAAGAGGACAUUGUGGCUGAAGCUGAAGCCGAUGUGGAGAUCUACCGUGUGUCCCGGGAACGGGAGAGGGAAGAGGCCAGGAGACCCCGUGAUUCAGUUAGGUAUGAGAGGACACGGGAGGACAUUGCGGCGGAAGCUGAAGCCGAUGUGGAGAUCCGCCGUGUGUCCCGAGGAAGGGAGAGAGAAGAGGCCAGGAGACCCAAUGAGCUGGUGAGGUAUGUGAAAACACAAGAGGACACUGUGGCUGAAGCUGAAGCCGAUGUGGAGAUCCACCGUGUGUCCCGGGAACGGGAAAGAGAAGAGGAGGCCAGGAGACCCCGUGACUCAGUGAGGUAUGAGAGGACACGGGAGGACAUUGCGGCGGAAGCUGAAGCUGAUGUGGAGAUCCGCCGUGCGUCCCAAGGAAGGGAGAGAGAACAAGAGGACAGGAGACCACAUAAAUCACAGAGGUAUGAGAGGACACGGGAGGACAUUGCGGCGGAAGCCGAAGCUGAUGUGGAGAUCCGCCGUGUGUCCCGAGGAAGGGAGAGAGAAGAGGCCAGGAGACCCUGUGAGUUGGUGAGGUAUGUGAAAACACAAGAGGACAUUGUGGCUGAAGCUGAAGCCGAUGUGGAGAUCCAUCGUGUGUCCCGGGAACGGGAAAGAGAAGAGGAGGCCAGGAGACCCCGUGACUCAGUGAGGUAUGAGAGGACACGGGAGGACAUUGUGGCGGAAGCUGAAGCCGAUGUGAAGAUCCGCCGUGUGUCCCGAGGAAGGGAGAGAGAACAAGAGGACAGGAGACCACGUGAAUCACAGAGGUAUGAGAGGACAUGGGAGGACAUUGUGGCUGAAGCUGAAGCUGAAGUGGAGAUCCACCGUGCGUCCCGAGGAAGGGAGAGAGAGGAGGCCAGGAGACCCGAUGACUCAGUGAGGUAUGUGAAAACACGAGAGGACAUUGUGGCUGAAGCUGAAGCCGAUGUGGAGAUCCGCCGUGUGUCCCAAGGAAGGGAGAGAGAACAAGAGGCCAGGAGACCACGUGAAUCACAGAGGUAUGAGAGGACACGGGAGGACAUCGUGGCUGAAGCUGAAGCUGAAGUGGAGAUCCGCCGUGUGUCCCGAGGAAGGGAGAGAGAGGAGGCCAGGAGACCCAAUGAGUUGGUGAGGUAUGUGAAAACACGAGAGGACAUUGUGGCUGAAGCUGAAGCCGAUGUGGAGAUCCGCCGUGUGUCCCGAGGAAGGGAGAGAGAACAAGAGGCCAGGAGACCACGUGAAUCACAGAGGUAUGAGAGGACACGGGAGGACAUUGUGGCUGAAGCUGAAGCCGAUGUGGAGAUCCGCCGUGUGAGCCAAGAACGGGAGAGGCAAGAGGAGGCCAGGAGACCCCGUGACUCAGUGCGUUAUGACAGAACACGGGAGGACAUUGUGGCUGAAGCUGAAGCCGAUGUGGAGAUCCGCCACGUGACCCAAAAAAGGGAGAGAGAACAAGAGGACAGGAGACCACGUAAAUCACAGAGGUAUGAGAGGACACGGGAGGACAUCGUGGCUGAAGCUGAAGCUGAAGUGGAGAUCCGCCGUGUGUCCCGAGGAAGGGAGAGAGAGGAGGCCAGGAGACCCAAUGAGUUGGUGAGGUAUGUGAAAACACGAGAGGACAGCGUGGCUGAAGCUGAAGCUGAAGUGGAGAUCCGCCGUGUGAGCCGAGAACGGGAGAGGGAAGAGGAGGCCAGGAGACCCCGUGACUCAGUGAGGUAUGAGAGGACACGGGAGGACAUCGUGGCUGAAGCUGAUUUGGAGAUCCGCUGGGUGAGCCGGGAACGGAAGAGAGAAGAGGAGGCCAGGAGACCACGUGAAUCACAGAGGUAUGAGAGGACACGGGAGGACAUUGUGGCUGAAGCUGAAGCCGAUGUGGAGAUCCACCGUGUGACCCGGGAACGGGAGAGGGAAGAGGCCAGGAAACCUCGUGACUCAGUGAGGUAUGAGAGGACACGGGAGGACAUUGUGGCUGAAGCCGAAGCCGAUGUGGAGAUCCGCCGUGUGUCCCGAGGAAGGGAGAGAGAACAAGAGGACAGGAGACCUCAUGAAUCACAGAGGUAUGAGAGGACACGGGAGGACAUUGUCGCUGAAGCUGAUGUGCAGAUCCACCGCGUGUCUCAAAAAAGGGAGAGAGAACAAGAGGCCAGAAGACCCCGUGAAUCAGUGAGGUAUGAGAAGACACAGGAGGAUAUUUUGGCUGAAGCUGAAGCCGAUGUGGAGAUCCGCCACGUGUCCCGGGAACGGGAGAGAGAAGAGGCCAGGAGACCCCGUGAAUCAUUGAGGUAUGAGAGGACACAAGAGGACAUUGUGACUGAUGCUGAAGCAGAGGUUUGUCGUGAGGAGGUAGAAAGGGCAGAUUCCCUCCAUGAGUAUGAGGAAGCUGUGAAGGAGAGGAGGGCUGUACGGUCACGAGCGAGGGAAGAGGCCCCUGUAAGAGAAAGGAGGCUUGAUCGUCAGCGGGACCUGGAAGUGGAGCGAAAUAGGUUCCCAGUACGCGAUGAUCAGGGAGAAAGGCAGGAGAGAAGCCUCUACCAAACUGUGGAUGUUGAUAGCAGAGACCUUGUUCCCCCCGGUGAAGUUCCAUCUGUCACUGAUGUGAGGGUCCGCUAUAUCCCCUCUGACCCUGAUGUACGCCCAGAGGUACAGGCUGUCCCUGAGCCCUGUGAGCCUCAAUCCAUCGCGUAUUUGAUCCAUGUUAUCCAGAACCUGAAUGAUCCCAAAGCUACCACAUAUGAGAUCAUCUGCCAGCAGUCCAAUGAUUCAGGGCAGCCUGUCUAUGUAAGGAAAUGCUACGUUUCACCACAGCCACCAGUUGGGCCGUGCAAAGAAAGCAGCGUCCUGGAGCCCGAACUGCAGCAUCUGCCAUCUUCCAGUUCCCAGGAAAAUGCAAGGGAGCUCGAGGAGCCCAGGAAAGGUGAGAUACGGGAAAGGUCUGCAACAGGAGUGAAGGAAGGGGCUUCUGCCCCUGAGUUGGAUAGCUUGAAGGAUGACACCAGCCAGGCUGAGACUAGGGAAGACAGGAGGGACCACCAGAGUCCCAGUGUGCAUGACGUGGAAGAGAAGAAUCAUCAGCCAGAGGGUGAUGGACCAAAAGCCACUGAAGAGGAAGUCUCACAGGAAGCCGAAUCCCAAGGAAACAAAGACAGGGAGGCCAAGAGCCGUUCACCUGCAGCCCGGGCUCCAGAGCUGCAGGAAGCUCACAAGCAGGGCCAGCAAGCUGCAGAAGAACCACGUCACCCAGUGCCCCAAAGGGACGAAGCUGGCUGCUGCCAUGAGGAUGCAGAGCUCCCUUCACCAGACAGGAGCCGCCAGGCACGAGAAGAGGAAAACAGCAAAAGGAGCUCCCAGCAAGAGAAUAACACUCAGCCUCAACGUGAGGAGGAACGCAGCCCCAUGGCCCCACAAGCACUAAGCCAUCCUAUGAGGGAUGAGGCCAAGGCACCCUGAGGGGUUAUCCCAUCUGUAGGACCCACAGGGCUCCUCUGAGCAUCUUCUGCCCUAGGCUUAGGGUGUGACCUCAUGGUGGCACAGAAGUGCUCAACACAAAGGGGUGCUCUGCAAGGUGGUGAGAGGCUUUGGGGGUUCCUCUCCUGACAAACCCUCAGCAACACAGACAGGUAGAGAGUUCUGCCAGGAUCAGCAGCUCCUGCCUGCCCUCCUUAUAUCUAUGUCCCCCCCCCCCCCCCCCCCCCCCCCCCACUGCAAUAUUUAGUCACUUUCCUGCUCUAAUUGGAUUCCUUGGGUCUCAGUCCUUUGUGUUCCUGUCGUCUCUUCUGCCCUGUGGCAUGACAGCUCUGCAGCUCAGUACUCUGAUUUCUCACCCCAUAGCUGGCUCUGCUGCUUGUCAGCUUCUGCUGUGCACUACACAAACAAAAAUCCCAUUCAGCUGAUCGCACUCGCGGAGCCUGAAAUUCCUCAAGGCUGGGAAAACACCUCUGUAGGCUCAAGGUUUUUGGUCACACCUUCCUGCUCUCCCAGCAGCUGAACAGAAUCCCAGCCCCAGCAUCACGGAGGCUUUGAAGUGGUGGAGCUCUGUGUGG